CACGUCUUCGCCAUCGACAUGACGUGUCGAUACUUUACUGUCUUCCCCUUUAUUGCUCUGGUGAUCUGCGGACGCCUGCUCGAUGCCAAAUCCCAUCCAAAAAUACCUGAUUUCCUCAAGAUUUGUCACAGGAGUGACCCCAAUCUUAACGAAUGCAUACGUACCAGUGUCGAGGCCCUAAGGCCCCACCUCAGGGAAGGUAUUCCGCUCCUGGAUAUUCCUGCUUGCGAGCCUCUGCACGUCCCCCAGGUCGAGAUCAGCCAGGGCAGUGGACCCGUCGCGGUAAGAUCUACGUACACUGAUAUACAGGUCAGCGGUGCCACCGACUUUCUGCUCAAGGCCGUCAAAGUUGAUCUCGAGAAGGAACGUACAAAGCUGAAAAUUUUCCUGCCGCGAUUGGAGAUGGUCGCGAAUUACACGAUGGACGGGAGGAUUUUGAUGUUGCCAAUAACCGGGGAAGGCAAAGGAUACGGGAACUACACGGACAUAAAUGCGAUCGUCACAACCCAGGGAGAGGAUUACGCGAACUCAAAGGAUGGCAAUAAAACCUACUUCCGGGUUACCGAUUUCUUCGUCGAUUUCAAUGUCGGCCACGCCACUAUUCAUCUUGACAACCUCUUUAACGGCGACGAAACACUCGCUGACGCGAUGAACGUAUUUUUGAAUGACAACUGGAAGACCGUUGCCGCCGAAAUGAAGCCGGCGUUGGAAGACGCCGUAGCUGAACUCUUCAUGGAUUUUGCCAAUAGAAUUUAUGCCAAGUUUCCGAAGGAUGUUCUGUUUCCUAAAUGAUCACAGGACGAUUUUCAUUCUAGUUGUUACAAAUCUUCAUCUGUAUUGGUAUUUUAUAUUAUACGUUAUUCGAGUAAAGUACACAUCAAAUUCGAUCAAUUAUAAAUUAAUUUCGGAAUUAAUUUAGGCAUGCGUUUAUUUGAUGAACGUAGGAAUGUUUAUUGGUUUUUAAAAUGUAUAGAACCUUUCACAAUAAGAGGACAAAUUUAUAAAUGAUGGAUGAAGCAAGAAUUGGCAACCAGUUGAGUAUAAGCUUGAUGUAUAAAUAAAAUUCACUGUAGUUUUGAUUA